AUGCAUCGUAAGAGCACUAUAAAGAGAGUUUUCAAGGUGUUCUUUCUGUUCAUCCAAGGCAUGCUUCUGACUUCUGGGAUCGGAAUGUUGAUAGUAAGCACAACAGUGUAUAUCAAAUCGUACAAGCUUCUUGGGAUAGCUAAGAGCAUAUUGUUGGUUUCAUAUACAUUUGGCUUGCUAAAGAUCCUGUCUGCUAUUUUUGGAUACCAGGCAUUGUCAUCUAAGAAGAGGGUGCGAGUGUUUGCAUAUGUGUGUGUGACUCUUGUGUUAAUGAACAUUCAAGCAAUAGGAGUUGCCAAGAGUGUGGUUAUUCAUGAGAGGUCUGGGGAGUGGGGAAAUAAAAGAUGGGGGCUACUAGAUGAGAACCAACGAGAACUUAUCCAAUCCAAGUUCAGAUGUUGUGGGUUUGGAGAUGCAGAUGAUAGAGCAGGAGAAGGGUGUCGUGAUGGAAUAGGAUGCAUGCACAUGAUACAGAAAGUUGCAAAGAAGAUGUCUGUGGUAGUUCAGAAGAUAAUAAUGUUUUCAUUUCUCUUUGAGUCGGUAGGAAUAGUAAUAUUGAGUAUGCUGAGGAUCAGGAGAUGA